AUGGACCGCGAGGAGACGGAGGCGAUCCUCGGCCGCUUCGCGGCGGCGGCGGCGGAGGUCGGCCUCGCGUCGACGGCCGUCGGCUCCUACCGGCGCGGCAAGGUCGGCGGCCACGAUUUGGACGUCAUGCUCCACGCGCCCGAGGGCGCGCCGCUCGUCGCGGUCGCGGACUACGAGUUCCACGACGGCGACGGCGCGGGCUUCCGGCUCCUCGAGCGCUUCUUCGCGCGCCUCGCGGCCAUCGACGUCGGCGGCGCGCCCUUCCUCCACCCGCACCGGACCAUGGGCGGCCUCAUCGGCGCCAAGGAGGCGCCGAAGCUCGGCAUCCGCCACUGCUUCGUGCGGUCGCCGGCCGUGCCGGGCGCGUUCCGCCAGGUCGACUUCAUCCUCUGCCCCACGGAGAUCAUCGCCCACGGCCUGCUCGGCUGGUCGGGCUCGACGUCGUUCCAGCGCUCGCUCCGCGACUACGUCAACCACGCGCACGAGAAGAACUGGGCCGAGGUGCCGGACCGGCGGCCCAUCGUCGGCCGCCGCGGCUGGAACGUGACGCGCGACGGCACGCGCGUCGGCUCGCUCAUCGAGGGCCGCGAGCUCGACGAGGACGAGCACUGGGCCUGGUCCCAGAACGGCAUCGCCAUCGCCCGCGGCAAGCACAGCAGCAAGGGCAAGGACGGCGAGCAGUUCGAGACGACCUACGAGGAGUGCAACAUCAACCUCCGCACGGAGGCCGACGUCUUCCGCUUCUUCCACCUCGACUACCGCGCGCCGCACGAGCGCUGCGCGUAA